CUGCCGUCUCUAUUGGUGAGACUUCCCAACCUCGCCCACCGGAGCGCCAGCUCGCGGCCAGCUGGUCCCGCCUCGCUGCAGACAGCUGGCAGAGCGCUUUGUGAGGCUCCGGGUGCUCCUAGCGGACUCCAGAAACCUUUUCUGAAAGGCCAUCAUGGCAGCAAAGCCCAAGCUCCACUAUCCCAACGGAAGAGGCCGGAUGGAGUCCGUAAGAUGGGUUUUAGCUGCCGCUGGAGUCGAGUUUGAUGAAGAAUUCUUAGAAACAAAAGAACAGUUACAGAAGUUGCAGGAUGGUAACCACCUGCUGUUCCAGCAAGUGCCAAUGGUUGAAAUUGACGGGAUGAAGUUGGUGCAAACCCGCAGCAUCCUUCACUACAUAGCAGAGAAGCACCACCUGUUUGGCAAGGACCUCAAGGAGAGAACCCUGAUUGACAUGUAUGUGGAGGGGACGCUAGAUCUGCUGGAACUGAUUAUCAUGCAUCCUUUCCUAAAACCAGAUGAUCAACAAAAGGAAGUGGUUAACAUGGCCCAGAAGGCUAUAAUUAGAUACUUUCCUGUGUUUGAAAAGGUUUUAAGGGAUCAUGGGCAAAGGUUUCUCGUUGGUAACCAGCUGAGCCUUGCGGACGUGAUUCUACUCCAAACCAUUUUGGCUCUAGAAGAGAAAAUCCCCAAUAUCCUGUCUGCAUUUCCUCACCUCCAGGAGUUCACAGUGAAAAUCAGUAAUAUACCUACAAUUAAGAAAUUCCUUGAACCUGGCAGCAAGAAGAAGCCUCCUCCAGAUGACAUCUACGUGAGAACCGUCUACAACAUCUUUAUGCCCUAAGACAUCACACCCAUCUGUGAGUGCGAGCUAGUCCCUAGAGAUUGCUGUCUCCACAAUAGCAUCUUCACUGAUGCUGGGCCACUGCGAUCCCAGCUCUGUCAUGGUGCUAUGUAUGAUUGUUCUUCAGUUGGGUCUUUCAUGUCAAGAUCUCUUUUAGAAUCAUUGAUUUUUUUUUUUUUUUUUUUUUUUUUUUUUUUUUUUUGUCCAGUGAAUAAUUGUUAAGUGACCUUUUUCUGAAAACCUUUUUGAAGAGGCUGACAUUUAAGUUAGAUCUGAUGUGGUUACUCAUUUCCUGAAUACCAAGGAUGGGCAGGACCUCAUGUUCUCCUCUGAGCUUCUUUUCUCCUUUCCUUAUCCCAUUCUAAAUGCCCUCCAAUCUUUUCCUAAUGUUUAUUGUUUGAUAACAACAGAAUAUCUAGUGAAUAAUUCCUCUCUGCUAUAAUAAGUCUGUGGUAGUAAUGAAGGCAGUCAGUAUUAGCCAAAAUAAAGAAUUUAUAAAUCAUC